GGGGUUGGAGCUAGGAGAGAUAGGUUGUACAGAGCAGCUUGAUCAAUACUGAAGGGGAGGUCAGCCCUGUUGUACAGUGAUGAUGAGACAUGAGGAUGUAAACAUUACAACCAAAAACAACCUCUUAAAUCUGUCCUUCUCUGCUGCCCACAGCUAUAAGUUAAUCUCCCAGAGUGAGGACAGUUCAUUAUGUGAAUUUCUGUGGUUGGAUUUUAAAUUCUGCGAGUACAUGUGCAGUGAUCACACACGGGAGUGUUUCAUUCAGUGUUCCACGCCGUCUAUGUUUUGAUGUAUAGGGUAGUGUACUACUACAAUGUAAGUUCCUCAUUAUCAGGAAGCACCUGCUGAAACAGACAAAAACAAAUGGAUGACCACCAUUCAGUGAUCCCUUCUCCAUGACCAGGAAGGACCCUUACCAAACAGAAAAUCAUGUCCUCUUGGAGAACAUUAACAACAAUAUACAGGUCCCACGGGGUCCAACCUUAGAGUUACCUCCCUCUAGCAAGGGAGCUAGUGUAUACCGGAGCCAGUCCUUUGGCGGGAUGUCGACACGCUCAGCCCCGAGUCUGGGCUCCCCAUCGGGCUCCACCCCAGUCCUCGGGGAGACGCUGAGAGGACGGGGUUGGGCCAAGUCCCCUCAGGCCUCACGGACAAGUUUAGGGGGCAGCUCAAGAAAGUCCCCCAAAAUUCCCAAGGUCCCACGUCCCAGUCGGGCUUUCCUCAUGUUUGACAGCGUACGGAGAGGAGUGAGAGAAUUUAUUGAAGCAACAAGAGAUGACAUUGACCAGUUACAUUCCAGAGGGUUGGACUCCACCUCCACUGCCCAGGGCAGGUUACACGAAACAGACAAGCAAAUCAAAGCUGCCGAGCGUUAUAUGAAGAGACUUGAAUUUCACCUAUCUAAGAUUGAAGAGCUCCAUGACUGCUAUUUGGUCCAGCAGCAGCUAAGAGAAGGGACGAAGACAAUGCAGCGGGCAUACAUUCUGUCCCCGGCCAAACGACGAGAGGUGUUGGCCAGUGUGAGAUACGGCAUGAAAGAAUGUUCUCAGACAAUGUGUGCCAUAGAGGCUCAGUUAGAGGCAAUGCUGGGAACAUUUAACUGUAAAUUAAAAGGAAUGGCUGGAUUUGCACGACUUUGUCCGGGCGAUGUGUUUGAAAUUUCCUUAAAACAUGGCACCCAGAAAUGGAAGUCAAAAGGGCGUGUAGAGAAAAAUGGUGCUCAGAGAUGGGACAACGCGGAGUACACAUUUAAGGCUCUAGUCGGUGACAUCAUACACAUCAAGGGAGUGGAGGCUCGUAGUUUUAAGUCCGUUCUACUUGGUCAGAAAAGCUGUGAUACUCGUGACCUUUUCUCCUCCAACCCUCAACUCAUGACCGUCAGCAUCAACACCAACGGCUCACUCAAACUCAGCAUUGUCAUCACAUGGAACCCACUAGAUGGCGUGGAGGAGAGCAUGUCCUACUUCGAGGUUCCUAUGCGAGCAGCCACCACACCGCGGAGACGCCCCGUAUCUGUACUAGCUCUGAAUGGCGAGUUAAAUGGGAGCUACAUGAGUUUAUCAGACAAGCAGGAACGUCGAUUCUCAACACCUCUCUCACUUGCCAAGGAUGAUAACUUUGUGUUCCGAGCGGCCAGCAGUACAAGUGCCCAAUCUUCUCCCUACCCUUCAAGUGAGGGGAGACUACUCCAUAGAGACUCAGGCUUCUCCAGUGCCAUCAACCUUCCCACAUCCUCUCCUGUACAGCCAAAGAAGCCCCUCACCUCUCCUCCAUCCCCACCCCUGGAGACAAGGCCCCGGUCUCCGCCCCUAACUAGGGAGGGGCUUCACCAGUUCCCGGUCCACCCCUCGUCCCCCGUUUUGUCACACUCCACCCUGCCCUCAUCUGUUUUCAACCACCUCCACUUCCCUGUGGCGUCCAGUCACAGUGGUAGCCACGUACGAGAGGAACCACAAACGGUAGAGGAUGCUCUCAAUUCGCUACAGACUUCCCUCGAGGACUUCCACGGGCAGUACCGUGAACUCGAACGACUGGAGGAUGUGGUAGUUACCCUGGAACAUGUACUUAGGAAGGAGUCUCGGUGUAGCUCCCGAUCCUCCAGUAUCAGUAUAUCCAUAGAGAGUGCUCUUGAGGCGUUCGAUUUCCUUAAUACUGAGGAAACUACAGUAGAGGAGGCAGAAGCUCAGGUAGACCAAGCGGCAUUUGACAAUAUCAUAUCCAGUCCUGAAUCCACGGCUAAGACAGCUGACUCGGGCAUCGAGUCACUGGCCAAGCGUCUGAGUGAGGACACACAGCUGGGGUCAAGUGAAGGGUCAAGUCCCCUGCCUCCCACCACAGGGAAUGACCAAGUGGACCACGCCCUCAUAUACCACCUUGUGUACUGUGAACGCCUACUCGAGAGUCUGGGUAAUUUUGGCCCACUGAAGUGUCGUGAAAUCUAUGCAUUAGACAAGCUACAGAAACAGGCAGAGAUCAUAGAACACCUUAUAAAGGUGGCCGAUACAGACUCGGUCGUAGACCUCCUGUCAGUGAUGACGGAGCUGACAGAUGACAAGAGUCUGCGAGAGUUCUGGGCACGUUGUACGGACCACAACAUGUUGUACAUACACCCGGAGAAGUUAGUGUCGAGCCUGGAGCAGAAGUACGGUCCGCAGCUUCAGUCCAAGUACAACAAGGAUCCUAAAAAAGUGUUACGACACCUUGUGAUGAGGAUACUAGACGUGCCAAGCUACGACCCAGAAAAGAUCAACACCACGUGUGUUGUCACCCUUCACCAGUUUAUGCGCUACUUUAAGGACGAGGGAGGUUUUGCCAACGUAGACGGAGUGGCCUCUGAUUUGCAUAUGAUUGAACAGCUCUGCUCCACAAACCCUGAUGCUGUGAUCAAGACAAUCUUGUCACUCCGAGAUGAACUUCCUUCGUCACCCUGCCUCAAGGUUAUGGGGGCACUGCUGGUAUCCAAGAGCCAGGAGGUCCAGAAGUGUCUGGCCUCGUAUCUGAACCUGAUCAACAUGAAGAGUGAGGAAAGAACAAAGGCUAUCGUGGUGUUCGUUGAGGGUCUGGAGGAUAAGACGUCGGAGAUCCGGGCCGGUUCCUGUAUAGCUCUCUCCAUGUUAGAGGCCACAGAGGGAAUAGACCAGUUAGCUUACAUCUGUCACACAGACACUUCACAGUCAGUAAGACUUAAGGCCAAGGAAGCACUUGUGUCCCUUGGUGAGGAAGGACGAAGGGCCUACGAGGAAGGUCAGCUGACCACUCAUGGUUUCCAAGGUGUACAUGUCCGGAAGUGAGCAGAUCCAGGUGGCGUUGUGAUCACUUUCCAGUGUCAUGGUGAUCACUAAGCUUUGUCUUAGUGAUCAUGAAGUCAUCAAGGUCACUUUGUGCAAGGUCAUGCUGACCACUGGUAUGAUCUGCGUGUACUUUAUUGAUGUCACGUUUAAAAGUCACUUAUGAACCAAGACUUUUACAAUUUACUCAUUGUGCUGUGAUGUAGGACGACUGAUCUUGGAAUGCCUUGUACUGGUGUAGGCGGCCUGUCUAGUGCUGUAAUCUAGAAGUACCACUGCUCUAGAUGGUAUGCCUAUAGUGCUGUGAUUUAGGGGGACACUGAUCUACCAGGUAUAAGGCAAUUAAUGUUUUUAUCUAGAACAACUGUCCUUUGAUUGCCUAGUGCUGAUGUUGAUGGUAUACCUAGUGCUGUAGUCUAAGAUCUCCAUGGUACCUGUAGUGUUGUCAUUUAGGACAAGUGCUCUAGUUGUAGUGCUGUGAUCUACUAAGACAACUGCUGUGGCUUUGAUCUAGCAGGACUGAUCAAGCUGGAAUGCCCGGAGGAGAAUAUUCAUACAAGGUACAAAGGAUUACAUUGACAGCAUGGAAUGUAAACAUGAAGCACCAUAGAUGGAGUAUAUUGACCUUAAAAACAAAAAGAGGGGGGGG